CAAUUAAAUAAAACGAUAAAUUUUCUUCUGUUACAGCUGAUAUGAAUUUGGAACAGCGUUUGAUGUUUCUACGCCUACGUAAAUACAACUACUGCACUUUUGUGGUGACUCAAUUUUUAUUCAACUCAUACAACAACAACGAUUGACCUUUGGAGUUCUACACUUUGAAUCCAGGAAACGCAUUGCUUUGUUCUCUUUAGUGAUUCACUGCCAUUAAAAUAAAUUGGCGCUACUGAUAACAAGGACAAAUACUUCCAAGGAUUUACAUUUACACACACACACACACACAACCACACGGACACACAGCCAAUUCGCUAUUCUACCUUAGAUAGAUACACAAAACUACAACAGUGAGCGAGAGAGAUAGAGUAGCUUGGAUAAAGCUUACGAUAUUACGUCUAUUACGCCACUAAGUCAAAAUUAAUGCAACAAAAUGUAUAAGUUGCUAGUCGGUUUGAAAACCUAUCUGAAAUGGCAGCCCAUACAGACGGACAAUGCCAUCUUUCGCCUGCACAAUUCAUUUACGACGGUGUUGUUGCUCACCUGCAGUUUGAUCAUUACGGCAACACAAUUUGUAGGUCAACCCAUCAGUUGCAUUGUUAGUGGCAUACCGACGCACGUGGUAAAUACGUUCUGCUGGAUUCAUAGCACGUUUACGAUGCCAGACGCAUUCAAGCGACAGGUCGGCCGUGAAGUAGCACAUCCCGGUGUUGCCAACGAUUUCAACGAUGAGGAUGCCAAGAAAUAUUACACGUACUACCAAUGGGUCUGCUUUGUACUCUUCUUUCAGGUAAGUGAUUGUGCAAAAGCUUGGUAAAUCGUAGAAAAAUAAAUCUGUAGAAAAAGUGAAAUAAAAAUUGCGCUUAGCAAUGCCAAUUGUUGUACACAUCUCGACCAGCAGGCAGCAACACAACAACACCAUCAACGGCAGCGAAAAUAGUUUACCUUUUAUGGCUAAGCGAAUUUAUGUUAUGUCCAAAGGCACAUGGAUACUUAAAAAAGACAUCAUCACGCCCGCUUUGUGUCUAUCGAGAAAGCGCAACGAAUGAUCUUGCCACAAUAAUGGCCUGUCAAGUGCUCUAGUUGAUUGGUUGAAUCUGCUGUUGCCUUUUGCGGCUAUGUGCGGCGAAAAUAUUGUGCGUCUGUCGCAUGCCAGUGUAUGUAUUAUUGCUGGUUUUUUUUUUCCUUUUUUUGCUGUCACUUGUAAGUCGUUAGAAAAUAUCAGCAACAUAUUUGGAGCUUACGUACACAUGCUGGGCAUGUUUAAAUGUUUAACAAGUAGAGUUGAUCGUUGGAAAUGAGUUUGCCUAUUUAAAACAUUUACGUUUUGGUUAGUGGAAACUGUGUGAUGGAGUGUUUUUUAAAAAAAAGUUA